UCAACAGGGUUCGGCUUCGGCCAAUCACCGUGAUGGGGGUUGGGCUUAGCUUGACAAGAACACGGGGACAGCCUGAAGCGCACGGAAGUGAAAAGUUCCCUUCUCUGCCCUCUCAGACCAUGGCAGCCCAGCUACAGCGCCUCCAUGUGGUUGUGGUCCAUCUGCUCCUCCUGGACUACUUAUCCGGGGUCCACUCCAUGCCAGACCCCAGACAAAGAGAGGCCCUCAUACAGCUGGAGGUCUCCAUGCAGACAGGUGGGCAGAUGGUGUUGACUGAUGCUGAGCAGCAGCUGGACUCUCUGUUGUUCAAAAUGAAGCAGAGGGAGAUGCAGGGAGCAGCCUUCCCUCCUGCCAUGCACUUCUUCAAGGCCAGGCAACUCAUCAGGACCAGCCCUAUCUUCAGCCUGCUGCAGAAGAUGCCCAAAGGGGGAGCGCUCCAUGUCCAUGACUUCUCUGUAGUUGAUGUUGAGUGGAUAGUGAAGAACGUGACCUAUCGGCCUCACUGCUACAUGUGCUUCACAAAGCAUCGGUCCAUCAGGUUCAUUUUCUCGUCUCAGUGGCCCAAACCUCUUCCAAGUUGCUCUUCCUGGUUCCUGCUGGAAAACCUGCGAGCCAAGACAACAAACACCACAGAGCUAGACAACAGCAUCAUGGGGAACCUGACGCUCUUCACUGAUCAGGAUCCAGAAACGGCGUACCCCAGUCAGGACGUGGUAUGGGAUGUAUUUGAACAGAGCUUCCUUGCACUGAUGGGUCUGGUCACAUAUGCUCCAGUGUUCAGAGACUAUUACUACCAAAGCCUGGCCCAGUUCUACAUGGACAAUGUCAUGUAUUUGGAACUACGGGCUUUGCUCCCAGAGGUAUAUGAAUUAGAUGGCAGCACUCAUGACAGAGCCUGGACUCUGAAGACCUAUGAGGAAGUAACUAGAGAGUUCACAGCAGAGCAUCCAGACUUCUAUGGAGCAAAAAUCAUCUUCACAAUCCACAGGGGAGUAAACGUAUCCACCAUGACUGGAGUUGUGGAGGAGGCAAUGAUGCUACAUAGAAAUUUCCCAGAUAUCAUGGCUGGAUUUGACCUGGUAGGCCGCGAGGACAGAGGAAAACCCCUGUGGUACUUCAGAGACGCCUUGUCGAUACCAGUAGAGAGAGGGGUCCCCCUACCUUUCUUCUUCCAUGCUGGAGAAACGGAUCUCGAAGGCACAGAAGUUGACCAGAACAUGUUAGAUGCUCUUUUGUUUAACACUUCACGGAUUGGCCAUGGUUUUGCUCUAACUCGCCAUCCAGUGGCCAAAGAGCUAUCCCGGAAAAGAGGGGUGGCCAUUGAAGUUUGCCCCAUCUCCAACCAGGUGCUGAUGAUGGUAAACGAUAUGCGAAAUCAUCCAGCAGCUGCUCUGAUGUCAGAGAACCACCCACUCGUCAUCAGCUCUGAUGACCCGGCCAUGUUCGGGGCCUCAGGCCUCUCUUAUGACUUCUAUGAGGCUUUUGUUGGCUUUGGUGGGCUAAGAUCCAACCUAGGCUCCCUCAAACAGCUGGCCAUAAACUCUAUUAGGUACAGUUCUCUGACUCCAAAGCAGCAGGAAAAAGUCUUGGCCAUGUGGCAGAUAAGAUGGAAUAAGUUUGUCUCUGAAAAUGCCUUUUAGAAUUUGCUUUUCCUAAACUCCUCAAUUCCUCAAAUGACUUCAUGUUGAACUGCCUUUUCAGCAUAGGGGAUUUAUAAAUGAUAAUCUGCUCAGGUGAGCAUGUUUGAAGUUGGAACCCAAAUACGACUUUUCAACAUGUUACAGGAGCAAAAGCACAGAGGGUGAAGGAUAGAACUGAGGAUCAUUUGUCCUGUGUGAAACAAGCCUGAGCCAUGUCCCAUAUAAUUUAGGGAUUUUUUGUGUGUUUUAGUUUGAGUGUAUUUUACGACGGUGUAUUAGGGCCAAUUAUGAACAAAAGAAAAUACUUGAAAUGUUACCCCACGGGUCUGUUUUUUUUUUUUUUUUAUAUAUAUAUAUACUUGGCCCUAAUAUGCCAUAGUAGUAUUUGCACUUUAGGAUUUGUGCUGUUUAAUUUCUUUUUACAAUGUGUUUGGUUGUGCUUUAAGAGCGUGUAUAAACUUGCUGGUUGAGUUGGGCUUUAAAGCAUCAUUCUGUAAGAACAAAAAAAGAUUUUUUUUUAA